AUGAAAUCUGAGCAGCAACAAAAGGUUUCGAACUCUCCAGUCCAAGCAACUCUAUUCACUUGCGACGAGGGAGUGAUUCUGGACAAGCGCAGCUCUGACUGUCAGCCAACAACUCAGUGGAACAUUUCGUCUUUCGAAGUCUCUGCUGCUGCCAAACAGAUUGGGGAAUUACUUAUAAGCGUUUGUGAUUCGGUUGAGUUCCUACUGACUGAUAAAUUACUUUUACUAUCUGAAGUUGCCGGACGCAUUGUCCAUCUGACAGAACAUGUGACAUCUGAAGUCAGAGCCGCUGAGUUUAAACGCUUCAGCGAAGAAGUUCAACGGGAAGUUCCACUAAACCUUACACAAUCUCCACCCUGUGAUCAAUCUGCGCUCGACACCUCAGAGAACAACAAGUUGGGAGCCGUGUGCGAAGCCAUUUCUCCAUUGCGGUUCUCCCAAACUGUUCAGGGUGUGAGUUACAAGGAGGCUUUCGUUAAUCAAUCUAUCUCGAGCCCGUUUGAUAUUGCAGCAAGUACGGUUACGUCGAGGGAAUGGCAGAGACUGGAAACAACCAGUCUUCAAGUCGCACAACCCCAUUUAAACGAAGUGGCCACAGCCACACCCUUGUUUAUGUUCCCCCCAAUGAAUUAUGGAAGUCAAACAACCGGUCCUCUCACGGCCACUCAGGUUAUGUGUAUGCGUUGGAUUAAUGCAGAAGCCAGCAUUUUCAUGCAACAUUUGAAGCAGUCAAGAGAUAAACUGGAUGAUUUUCUGCGUCUCCAAUCUGGAGCCUCUUCACUUGCGGCCUUUCGUAUACCUUCGACAAUUAUCGCAAAAGAUUUCCCAGAAGAAACUUACUUCCAGGAACUCAAACGUUUGGCCAAAAUGUACGGGGCUGAAUGGAAAGGAAAUCUCGAACGGUUUUAUGAGUGCAUCAGCAAAUGGCAACGUACUUUUUUGAACACGACCGAACAAUCGAGAUUCGCUCACAGCUCCCCAUAUGACGUUUUGCCUUCAGUCACCCAAAGUACAGAUUGUCAAAUCCAGACACAUUACUCAGCUUCCAAUAGUCCAACUGAGUCACGUGUGCCCACUGAAGUUACUGCGGAACUCGCAGAAGUAAGGAAGGAUUAUGAUACUGCUCCGGGUCUAGGGAAAUAUUCCUCAAAUCUCGGUUCCUCUAAAUCAUUUCUAUCUGUGUCCAGGUUACUGAACAGUGAAGCAGUCAGUGUGAAACAAUGCGAAACACAGGUACAAAAAAACCCAUUCCUAUCAACACGUCAAUCAACAUGUCUCUUUCAGCAAGUUUUGGCUGAAGCGCACACGAACAUCGGACCACAGUCUGCUCAGGAGAAACAAUUAAUCUGUUCUACUUGUUCUAAUUCUACCCACCUGCACGCACUAGGAGCAGGACGAAUAUGUGACUUCAGUCAGACUGCGGAUAGUGAUCCCCGAAGGGAGCCCAAUACUGGUGCCAUGACACAUACUACAAGUGCACUCAGUCGUCAGCUUUCAAAGUCGUUAAGUACAGUUUGCAGUUUAAACUCGGCGUCAAAUAACGGUGUGGAAGUCCAUUGUCAGAAUGGAACUGAUACCAAGUCCACAGACUCGCAUCAGCUGUCCUCUGAGAACAUACACUCAACAAGCUGCAGCGGGUUAACGUCCUCACGGGUCCACCGAACCAAUAUUUCCGAGAAUCGAACUGAACUGACAAAUCAUAUCAAGCGUCCGAUGAAUGCGUUCAUGAUAUGGGCAAGAGAAGAGAGGAGAAAGAUUCUAAAGGCUUACCCAGAUAUGCACAACAGCAAUAUAUCGAAAUUCCUGGGCACAAAAUGGAAGGCAAUGAGCACCGAAUCCAAACAACCAUACUACGAGGAACAAACACGUCUGAGCAAGCAACACAUGGAAGAGCAUCCCGCGUACCGAUAUCGUCCAAGGCCAAAACGAACUUGCAUUGUGGACGGGCGGAAAGUGCGAAUUUCGGAGUACAAGGAACUAAUGCGUUCGCGUGGGGACGUAGGCAAGAAACAUUUCACUGCUUCGCCUGAUAUUCAGGCGCAAAAUGUGGUCGAGGAGAUUACUG